AAUCAACAGAAGCAGUGGAUUUCACCAGCUGGAUCCCACAGCUGGAUCGAGCAGCGGUCAAAGCUGUGGAAAGCCUCACCUGCAAAGACCCUCUGACUUCACUGGCGUUUCCUCAAACGUACACACCUGGACAUGUAUCUUGACUAGUGAUAUUGCAGACAUGUCGGUUCAGGACGAAGAGCAGCAGGUGCUGGACACCUAUGGAGCCACAGUGCGGGCGUGUAUAGGGAAGCUCCGAUCGAUUUGGCGACAGGUUGGCAAGUCUACGGAGGAGCAGCGCGCGGUGGUUCUUACCGUCGCUGAGGAGGCCCUGGCUGCUUGGAGCAAAGGCGUCGAAGCAGCCGAUAAUGAGCGUAGCCAAAUCAAGCUGCAAAUCCAGCAGUACUCCGCAGAAAUCAGCAGCAUUCGGGCGGAGCUGGAUGACGGCGGGGACUCGGGCGACUCGUCGGAGGCUGUUGAGGCUGGCGAGGCGGGCGAAGCCACGUUGCUGCGGUCGCUGGAGAGCCUCAAAGCCACACUGCAGCUUUGGCGCACCAGGCGUGUGGCGCGCCUGCAGGCCUAUGAGGCUCUGAUGGCGGUGCACACCAGCCUGAAGCGGCAGCUGGGCCUGACUCACACAGAGGCCACGGACGCGGACAUCAGCAGCGGCGCGCUCGAGUAUCUCAACAUGGAGAACAAUAAACUCGAGGAGGAGAAGGGCCGGCGGCUGUCGCGCGCGGAGGAGCAGCUGGACGCGCUGCGAGCCAUUUGCCGCGAGCUGGGCGAGGACGCGGCGGCGGCAGCGGCGGAGGUGCACCCGGCGCUUCGCGCCAUGAGCGCCGAGAAGGAGAGCGCCGAGCUGCUGGGCGCCGUGUACCGCCUGACCGGCAGCAGCUCGCUGGCGGCGGCGGACGCCGAGCUGGACCUGGGCGACGGCUGCUUCGAGCGGCUGGCGGGCAAGAUACGGGAGAUGGAGCGACUCAAGGUGGAGCGCGAGGCGCAGUCGCGCGACCUGCUGGAGAUGCUGGGCGGGCUGUGGGCGGCGCUGGACAUCGCCGAGGACGCGCCGGAGCGCGGCAUGGUGCACAAGCUGCUCGGCGGCGACCGGCCGCAGCGCCUGCACAAGCGCACCCUGGACAAGUGCAUGGCCGAGGUCAACCGCCUGGAGGGCUGCAAGGCGCAGGCCAUGCGCGACAUGGCGCUGGCCAAGGCGCGCGAGCUGGAGCAGCUGUGCAUCGGCAGCCGCAUCAGCCCGCCGCACACCGGGCCGCUGCUGGCAGAGCUGGACAGGCCGGGGCAGAUGACGCAGGUGCUGACCAAGCUGGUGCGGCUGGUGGCGGAGGUGCAGGCACUGGCGGCGCGGCGGGCGCCCGUCCUGGCGCAGGUGGCGGACCUGCUGGCGGCGGCGGCGGACAGCGCCUGGCUGCGAGCCUACAACCAGGACGAAAACCGCUACAAGGGCCGCGACGCCUCCCGCAAUAUGCAGCGCGCCAUCAAGGCCGGCAAGCUGCGCGAGCGGCUGGGCGGCAUGAUGGAGGGGCUGCAGGCGGCGCUGGCGGAGUGGGAGGCGGAGGAGGGCGGCCCCUUCCUGUACGACGAGCAGGUGCUGCAGGACACGGUGCUUAAGACGGUGGAGAUCGAGCUGGAACAGAUGGCGCUGGAGAAGCAGCCCAAGCCCAAGGCCGGCGCCGCCACCGGCCCCGCUGCCUCCAAGCCCCCCGCCGGCCGCCCCGGCACCGCCGCCGGUCGCCCCUCCAUGGGCGGCGCCGGCGCGCCGCGCCCCACCAUCUCCCAGUCCUCGUCCUUCUCCACCGCCUCCGCCUCCCACCAUGACGGCCGGCCCAUGCUGACGCCGCGCGGCGUGGGUGACGGCGCCGCCGCCUACCGCCGCAUGUCCAUGGCCGCUGCGCCCGCCAGCUCCCGCGACGGCGGCGUGUACCACCGUGCCGGUGCGGCGCCGGGCACCGGCGGCAAGGGCGGCGCCAUGGCUCGCAGCGGCGACUUCGCGUUUGGCAGCCUGCGGGCCGCGGCAGCGGCGCACAGCGGCAGCGCCGGCGGCGCGUUGGCCCCCGAGUCCAGCAGUGCCAGCAUGUCUGCGGCCUCGUUGUUAAUGCCGCCGCCAGCCAUGACGCCGCCGCAGCGGCUGCCGGGCCACGGCAUGGCCGGCGUAUCGCCCAUGCGCACGGGUGGCAAGGCCGCCACCGGCGGCAAGGCGGCUCCGGGGGCCGCGGGGGCGGCGAUAGCGCCGCCGACCACGGGGGGCAGCCAUGCGAUCGUGGGCGUCAACGGCAGUGCGGUGAAGAACUCGGCGCAGGACCUGUUCCGGCGGUACCUGGGCGACGGGGAUGCCGCCAAGGCCACGCCCACCUCCAAGCCCACACCCGGCCCCGUCAGCCCCGCCCGCGGCCCCGCCGCCAAGCUGACCUUCUCCAUGCCCGGCGGCGCGGGUGCUGCUGACGAGGACGACGGCGCGGAUGACGUGGUGCGGGCCAAGUGCGACACGCCCAAGAGCACGGCGCGCUCGGGGCCAGGCGCGUCGGCGGCGGCAGCCGCGAAGUCGCCACUCUCGCUCAAGUCACCGACGCAGAUCUGCAUCUGACAUUCCGUCAAGCCAUAUCUAACUGUAUCCCGCGCG